CUAUAAAAUCUGUAUAAACUGCAGGGUCUAUAAAUGCAGUGAAACAGUUGUUCUACAUACACGUCAUUAUUCUUCUAGUAAAAAUAGCAGAACCAAUUACUGGGGUAUUGGGCUAAUUCACUUUGGACCAACAGGAAGCUAAAUGAGAAGAGCUGCACUUCAGAUAUCUAGAUGCUGAUUGUGUAGGUGAGAGCCAUUUGUCACAUUGUCACUGCUCUUAUCUGCUGCUGUGUGUGACGUCUGGUGCUGAGCGGCCUUUAUACAACACACACAGCACAUCCUCAGGGGGAGUACUGAGCACACAGACCUCAUGGGUGGAGCUUGUUCACUGACAGAUUUUAUUUCUUUGUUUAAGGAGCAAAUGGAGUUUGACGAAGUUGCAGUUUAUUUCUCUGAGGAGGAGUGGGGCUAUUUAACUGAAGAACAAAAAAAGCUUUAUAAGGAUUUGAUGAUGGAGAAUUACCGGACCCUCAGGUCACUUGGAUAUGUUCUUGUGAAACCUUCACUUGUUACAAAGAUUGAGCGAUCUGAGGAGCCGUUUGUGUGUGGUGUCCUGCAGAUACCUCCAGAGGAACUUCAUAUAAACACUGAAGGAUAUGUUCCCGUGAAACCUUCGCUUGUUACAAAGCUUGAUCAGGGAGAGCCGUAUGUGAGGGGUGUCCAGCAGACCCCUACAGAGGAACUUCACACAAAAACUAAAGAAAAAGACAUAUCCAUGAAACAGGAUAUUUCUAAGGAAAGCCAGGGAGCACAUUCUUCUGUCACUACUUUUCAAGAUCAAAUAAACCAUUUGAGAAAUACGUUAUUUCAAACUUCUGAAUCGGGGGAUUUUUUUAUCCAGCAAUCAAGUUAUUGUAAAUCAUGGCAAGCUCAAACAGGCGAUAAAGUAUUUCCAUGUACCGAGUGUGGAAAAAGUUUUACCCGCAAAUCAAAUCUUAAUAUUCAUCAGAAAAUUCAUACAGGAGAAAAAGAAUAUUCAUGCUCUGAUUGUGGAAAAUGUUUUGCCCGUAAAUCAAAUCUUAUUGCUCAUCAUAUAACUCAUACAGGAGAGAAAGCGUUUUCAUGUUCUGAAUGUGGUAAAAGUUUUAACCGGAAAUCAACUCUUAUUGCUCAUCAGAAAAAUCAUACUAGAGAGAAAGCAUUUUCAUCUUCUGAAUUUGGGGAUUUUGUAAUCCAGCAAUCAAGUCAAAUUAAACCAUGGCAAAUUUCUCCUGGAGAAAAAGUAUUUUCAUGUUCCGAAUGUGGAAAGUGUUUUAACCGAAAAUCAAAUCUUAUCAGUCAUCAGAUAACUCAUUCAGGAGAAAAGGCAUUUUCCUGUUCAGACUGUGGGAAAUGUUUUAAUAGGAAAGCUACUCUUAUUGACCAUCAAAAAUAUCAUACAGGGGAUAAAGCAUUUUCAUGUUCUGAAUGUGGGAAACGUUUUACCCGUAAAUCCCAUCUAAUUACGCAUCAGACUAUUCAUACAGGAGAGAAAAUCUAUUCUUGUUCUGAAUGUGGGAAGUCUUUUACUCGGAAAUCACAUCUUAUUACUCAUCAUAAAAUUCAUACUGGAGAAAAGGCAUUUUCUUGUACUGAGUGUGGGAAAUGUUUUAACCAGAAAUCACAUCUCGUUACUCAUCAGAUAAUUCAUACUGGGGAGAAAGCAUUUUCAUGUUCAGUAUGUGGCAAAAGUUUUCUUUGGAAAUCAAGUCUUAUUAGUCAUGAGACGAUUCAUGCAGAAGGAAAAGAUUUUUCAUGUUCCAAAUGUGGGAAAUGUUUUACCUGGGAAGCACAUUUAAUUAAGCAUCAGAAAAUUCAUGAGAGAGGACAAGUAUUUUCAUGUUCUGAGUGUGGCAAAUCUUUUAAUUGGAAAUCAAGUCUUUUUAAUCAUCAGAAAAUUCAUACAAGAGAGAGAUCGUUUUCAUGUUCUGAAUGUGCAAAAUGUUUUUCUUGGGAAUCAAGUCUCGUUAGGCAUCAAAGGGUUCAUAAGGAAAUAAACAAUUCUCAGGAUUUGAAUGGAGAAAAUGUUUUCAAUGGGAAACAAAAGGAAGUGAACAUCAGAGAAUACAUGAAAGAAGAUAGCAGUUUCCCCUCCAUCAAUGGUGAAUCUAAAAGAGACAGUAUAAACUAAAAUUGUUAUUGUAUAAAAAGAUAGAUAACGCCUUUACUGCCCAUUCCCCAGCUUUGCACAACUAACAUUGUUAUAUUAAUAUACUUUAUAACAUUUAAACCUCUAAAUUUCUGCCUGUUUUUAAGCCAGUAUAGACAGUGUUUUUAUUUGCUUUUCACAACAGGAGACUGCUAGUUCAUGUGGGCCAUAUAAAUGACAUUGUGUUCACGCCCGAGGAGAUAUUUAAGAGUCAGCACAACACAGUACUUAAUGCAAGUCAAUAGAUAAUAAACAAAAAGUCAUGUGAUCAGAGGGCUGUCACAAGAUGCUUAGAUACAAGGUAAUCAGAGGUAAAAAGUAUAUUAAUAUAACUGUGUUGGUUAUGCAAAACUGGUGAAUGCGUAAUAAAGAGAGAUAAAGAGAAUAUAUGCAGUAUUUAUAUAACUUCACAAAGUGAAUUUGGAAUACCAUUGGCAGGUGUCACUGUCUUGGCCAAUCGGGUAUCCAGUUUUUUGUCCUGUCAUAUUGGUUUGCUGAUUUCCAGGCUGCUUGUCAUUACUGUGGGUUAGGGUUACAUGUCUUGGCUUCAGAUAGGGAGAAGAAAUACUAUAUAUACCUCUGUCUAUUCCUGAAUAAAUAAUGUUCCAGAAUA